UUUCUUCUUCACUCUUCCUCUUCCUCUUGCAGCUUGCUUUCUCUUUUCUCAUCAAUGGCUUCUAAUCUCUCUCUCUCAUUCAUCCCGGAAUUUCAUCGUCCACUUGGAAAUUUUCACAAAACGUUUCAAAGAGUCCCUCUCUUUGGCCUUCACCCGUUGUGUUCGUUUUCCAAUUACCAAAUCCGGAAGAGCAUUUCAAGCUGUAGAGGACGAUCUGCAGCCAUUCGUGCUAUCAAUCAGGAAGUUGUUCAAUCUCCAAGUUCAGAGUCGAUCCGCGAGUCGAAAACUGAUCCUGUUGCAUCUUCUAAACUCGUCCUUGUCGUCGGCGCUUCCGGCGGUGUCGGACAGUUGGUGGCAGCAGCUUUGCUUGACCGGAAUGUCAAAUUACGCCUGUUACUGCGAGACCCCGAGAAAGCAACUACAUUAUUUGGUGAACAGGACGAAGAUAUGUUACAGGUACGCAAAGGUGAUACAAGGAACCCAGAAGACCUAGAUCCAUCUAUAUUUGAGGGUGUCACGCAUGUGAUUUGCUGCACAGGAACAACAGCCUUCCCUUCAAAGCGAUGGGAUGGGGAUAACACUCCUGAACGAGUAGAUUGGGAGGGUGUGAGAAACCUUAUAUCAGCGCUUCCUCGAUCAGUAAAAAGAGUAGUUCUUGUUUCAUCAAUAGGCGUAACCAAAUUCAAUGAAUUGCCAUGGAGCAUUAUGAACCUUUUUGGUGUUCUCAAAUACAAAAGGCAAGGGGAGGAUUUUCUUCGUGACUCAGGUCUUCCCUUUACAAUAAUCAGAGCUGGUAGGUUGACUGAUGGACCAUACACCUCAUAUGAUCUUAAUACUUUGCUCAAAGCUACAGCAGGGCAACGGCGUGCUGUCCUCCUUGGUCAAGGUGACAAACUUGUUGGAGAGGCCAGCAGGAUUGUGGUUGCUGAAGCUUGCAUACAGGCUCUGGACAUUGAUUUCACUGAAGGACAGGCAUACGAAAUUAACUCUGUUGAGGGGGAAGGUCCAGGGAAUGAUCCUCAGAAGUGGAGUGAACUAUUCAGAGCUGCAACACAGUGAUUUGGUUCCCCCACGUAUCUCUCUCUCUCUCCUCCAUUUACUGUAAAUUAUUCACUUGAAAUUUGCUUCUCUCUCUCACACACUUCCCUAAAUGUAAUAUAAAAGUUUAGUGACAAAUUCAAAAUAGAUUUUGUAUGUUUCAAA